AUGACUUGGUUUACAACCCUCCCACCGCGUUCAAUUGCAGGGUUCAUGGAUUUAUCGGCGAAAUUUUUGUCCCAAUUUUCAACUAGUCGCGCCCAGAAAGUGACUCCAGCAGCUUUGUUUAAUUUGCAACAGAGGCAUAAUGAAAGCCUUCAAUCCUUCAUGGGGCGUUUCAAUCAAUUGUCAGUGCAUUUGGAAGAUAAAAUGCCUGAAAUUUGUAUUGCAGCUUUUGAGUUGGGACUUCAGUCAGGAAGUUUGAACAGCAGUUUAAGUCGUAAGCCCGUGGAGACAAUGGCGGAGUUGCGAAGCAGGGUACAGGGUUUCAUUCGGGAGGAGCAAAGUGAUCGCAUAAAGAGAAACCGUAAGAGUGCAGCGGUGGUUGGCCAACAACAACAGUCAGAUUCGAAAAAGGCGGCGGUUAACGAUCAGUGUUCGGGCGGAGCGGUUACAAAAGGAGAGAGAGGUUACAAUAAUUCAAGUCGUUUUGAUAACCGCUCUAAUUUUCGAAAUCGUGCUCAGCCUUAUGGAAAUCGUGGUUAUGGACAGUCGAUGACGUGGACCAGAAACCAACAAGACAGGUCGACCCCACUUGCGGUUAAUUUAACUGAAGCAUUGCACAUGUGUCUGGAGGCGAACACAAUUCGUUUUCCUAAACAACCAAAACGCCCACCAGGAAACGUCGACAGAAGUAAGUGGUGUGAGUAUCACCGAAUCGCGGGACACAAUACAGACGAUUGUUUUACCCUAAAGAAAGAAAUUGAGGCUUUGAUAAAGGCAGGUUACAUGCGUCAACUGGAGGGGCGAAAGGAGUCAGAGGGAGCUAGAACCUCAACGAAACGUGAUGAUACAGGGAAGGAGAUUGAAGAGUCUGAACCAAGGAAGCAAGCUGGAGGUGAAACUAAAGGGCGCAUUCAUUCUAUAUUUGGAGGAUUCCGAGGAGGCGGUGUGACUAAUUCUUCAAGGAAAAGGUAUGUUCAUUCCAUUAAUGCUGUCUAUACAAAUGAUUGGGGAAGCUGGGGAAUCAAUCAGCCCUAUAUCACAUUUACUUUAGGGCUUACAGAAGCUGAUUUAUUAUCGUAUGAUGGGGCGUUAGUUGGAUUCUCGGGUGAAAAAGUAUUUGUAAGAGGGUAUGUGGAGCUAAGUACCGUGUUUGGUGAAGGUAAAAAUGAGAAAGCCUUUGCCAUUAAGUUCCUUGUGGUACAGUGUACAUCGCCGUAUAAUGUGCUUAUUGGGAGACCAUCGCUUAACAAAAUGGGGGCGAUCAUCUCAACAAGACAUUUAACAGUCAAGUAUCCAUUGGACAAGGGCGGAGUUGGAACUUUGAAGGCUGAUCAAGUGGUUGCUAGGAAAUGUUAUUCCGACAGUUUCAAGCAGUAUGGUCACAUGGGAAAAAGAGCAGUGAAGGAGGGACAUAGAGUUUUUGGGGUGGAUGUUGAUAAAGAAGAGGUUAGUUUGGAUCCGAGAGAGGGCUUUUCUGAUUUUAAGAUGACUCCAGAAGAAGAAACAAAAACAGUAAAAGUGGGCGAAAGGAAUCUGAAAGUUGGGGUUAACUUGACUCAAAUCCAGGAAAGCAGACUGGUGCAAUUGUUAGCUGAGAACAUGGAUUUAUUUGCUUGGAGUGCACGAGAUCUUCCAGGAAUUGAUCCAGAGUUCAUUUGCCACAAAUUGGCAUUGAACCCUAGUGUGAAGCCGAUCGCCAGUUGA